UUCACAGCAGAGCCUCUGCCCUCCUCUCCCCUCCCCUCACUCUCUCGCUCUCUCUCUCACCCUCUCUUUUGAUUCUCAUGGCGUGCACAGCCUCUUAUACAGUUGUGAUCAUCCCCCUUGAAAACAGCCCUUGGAGCAGCGAUGCACUGCGAUUCUUCCUUUGGCUGAAGAGACUGAAGGGUCUGGAGCAGGAGAAGGACUGUUUGUGCAAUGGGCUGAGUGUUUUGGACCGGGCUCGUUUCUGGUACUGCCAGCAGAUCGCCGAUCUGAAGGAAAGACAGCAGUGUAUUAGCACAGAAGACACUGAUGAUAUUGUCGGGGAUUUCUUCCUCAAGUCUCGAAUCCAGGAAGUGAAUCACUGCCUUGAAGACUUGAUGUCUGAUUCCGUAAGCCAUAAGCAACCGGAUUGUCACCAGCAAGUUUUCAAUUUCCUUAAAGAACAGAACAGAUUACUGAGACAGGAAGUUAACGAGAAAAGUCAGCGGAUUUCACAUCUGGAAGGGGAAAGGCGCGACCUCUUAAAACAGCUGGAUGACCUCAGAGCCGUUAGCCCCGCCCACAGGGGUCGCACAAUCAACUGAAGGAUGUUCCAGAUCAGUUGUUGUUGCAUUUCCUGUGUUUGAACGACAGCAUCUUGUUUCUCCACUCCCAGUUCUUUUUUUUUCAUUCCAUGGAAUUUUUAAUAAAUAAAUAAUAAGGUAAAAUGAUAACUGAAAGAAAAACCCUUCAGUCUGUAUUUCAAGGUGACCAUAUGGCUCCCGGGUUCACUUUAACACUUUGGAGCACAUUAGGUUUUACAUUAUUCAAAGUGCAAUGCAUUCAGAUAGCCUGUACCCCUGUUUGUUUGCCUGUUUAGAUUGUCAAAAGUAACCUCGCACCUUGAUGUGGUAGAAAUAUGUAAUUUUUCCCCCUCAGAAUAUCUUGCAUACAGGUGAUUUGUGUUCUAUUCAUUUUUUAACUUAGGCUAAAAAGUCUAGUUCUUCUAUAUCCUUAGCACUGGCCCCAUUAUCACUGGUCCCCCUUUAAAUGAAUGCUAUGGUAUAUUAUUUAACACAAAUUAAAGGAGUGCUGCCAGCUCUUCAUGGUAGUGCGUCAAUAAGCAUGAAAUCUAUAAUAACUGUGAAAAAAACACAGCCUUACUCAUGAUGAACUGCGAAGGGUAAAAAGGAAGAACACCAAAUCAAUUUUAGGGAAACUGUGUCUGUGACUGACUGCAUCUCACUGAGUCAUUAGUGUUAUUCUGGAAUUGCCUUUUGUUUGACAAAAAAGUUUGACGAAAUACAUUUGUAUUACCCUGAAGAAACUGAGGCUAGCAUUACCAGCAAUAGCAACUUGUAUUUAGAAUAAGUAUUGCACAGUACAGACAGACAGUGGGUCUGAUAAGUCUGGUAUAGCUGCAUUUACCACACAAUCUAUCCUAUAUCAUUGGCACACAAUACAUUGUAGUCUACUGUGUUUUGUUUAUUGCUAGUUAUAUAAUCUAUGUGACAUCUUUUGAUAAGUAGAAUCUCUGUAUCAUUCAUUUUCAUUUGGGUUCCACAUCCUGUUAUUCUGCAAUAAAGCUGAUUCUAAUACAAUAUAGAAUAUAUUCUGAUACAAACAAUCUGAUAGAAAGAAAUCUUCAAUGGAUCUCAAUAAGCAGUUUGGCACACCAGGGUGUGUGUGUGUGUGUGUGUGUGUGUGUGUGUGUGUGUGUGUGUGUGUGUGUGUGUGUGUGUUGUUUUUGCAUGAUGUAACCCUAUCCUUACCCCAACCCUAGCCCUCAC